AUGCCAACGACUUUCAUCAAAACGGCGCCUUUAAAAAAAAUUAAAACACAAAAAACUUACAACAAAAUUUAAAGAUAAAUACACGAAUUGAAAUCAAACUAAACUGACCACAAAAGUAACAUCAUUCAGUAUUUUAAUACAUUCCAAUAAAACAUACAUUUUUAAAUAAUGCCUCGUGUUGCUAAACCCAAAGCUGGCGCUGCUGCCGCUGUCCCUAAAAAGAAACCGGCAGCCAAGAAAAAGAAUGACCAUAUUAUGCCAGAACCAAUUCCAGAAGGUGAAAUCAUCACCGAUUUGUCCAAGACAUCAUGGAAAAUUGGACCUUCCAUCGGAAUGGGUGGAUUUGGUCAGAUUUACUCGGCUUGCAAAGCAACUGAUACAAAAAAGAAAACAUCAGAUUAUGAGUAUGUCGUCAAGAUUGAACCCCAUGCCAAUGGCACACUCUUUGUUGAAAUGCAUUUUUACAUGCGAAAUGCUCGUCUCGAAGACAUAACUCAAUUCAAAAAAACCCACAAUCUUAAAUCCUUUGGAAUGCCUUAUUUAGUUGGCAGUGGUUCACAUGACAUCAACAAUGUCAAACAUCGUUUUGUUGUAAUGCCACGAUAUGGCAGUGACAUUUGGAAGUUCUUCCUUGAAAAUGGUAGAAAAAUUCCAGAACACACAAUUUAUCGUUUGGCAUUGCAAAUGUUAGAUGUUUAUGAAUAUAUUCAUGGCAGGACUUAUGUUCAUGCUGAUUUAAAGGGUGGCAAUAUUUUAUUGGGCUAUGGUAAAGGUGGAGCUUCUCAGGCGUAUUUGGUUGACUUUGGUUUGGCAAGUCAUUAUACACAAAAAGAAUUCAAGCCAGAUCCGAAGAAAAUGCAUAAUGGAACAAUUGAAUACACUUCGAGAGAUGCACAUUUGGGUGUUGCAACUAUGAGGGGGGAUUUUGAGAUACUUGGAUAUAAUCUUAUUGAUUGGUCGGGUGUUAUGCUGCCGUGGGAAAAAGAUAAUUUGCUUAAAGUUCCAGUUAAAGUGCAGAAAGCUAAGGAAGCAUUUAUGGAUGAUGUGACGGGAAGUUUGAAAAAACUAUAUUCCAAAGGAGUGCCAAGUCCAAUUUUGGAUUUCAUGAAAUACGUUGCAACUUUAGAAUACAAUGAAACACCCGACUACGAAAAGUGUCGAAAAAUGUUUCAGUCGGGUUUGAAAGCACUUAAAGUUCCAAAUUCUGGUGAUUUGGACUUUAAAAUAAAAUCCACUCCAAAUUUCAAAGCAAAGCUAAAGCAACCUGAAGAAAUUCCUGCCUCCGAUGAAGAUAAUUCCGAAAGUGAUGAAAUAUUUGAAAAGAAAACUCCCGUCAAACGUAAAUUGAAGCCAGAAAAACUUAAUUUGAAAAACAAUAAAACUUCCCCUGAAAUACCUUUGAGUGCAAAGAAGAGAACUCCAAAAGAAUCACCAAAAAAGAGACUCAGAACUUCACCUCCACAUCGUUCAUCGCCAAGAAACACUUCGAUUUCGGCAAAUAUAAAUUUUAGUCCUGUUGUAUCAAUAAAAAAGAACGGACACUCUAGCACACCGAGUAGCUCUCGUAAACCAGGUAAAACGAUUAUCAACGAUAAUCUUACCCCAAAUGCAAAAAGUGGCAAAACUUAUGAAUUUAACUUUGAGCUAGAUGUAAGUAUGGAUGCUAAUGUUGUGGUGAAUGUUAAGCGAAAGAAAAAGGCUGAAAGUAGUAGUUUAGCUGAAUCAACAUCGACAGUGAAUGGAAGAUCUGAAUCGCCCAAAACUACAGUGAAAGUUAGAAGAAUGAAUAUGGGAACGAGAACAGCUGCUGCAUCUCCGCGAUGAUAGUUAUGUCAAUUCUCUUUUUUUUUUUUGUUGCAUAUUUACAUGUGACUUUUUAUUUAUAUAUCAAAGAAGGAUCUUUUACUGUUUUCCUGCUUUUAUAUUAUUAUUAUUAUUAUACAUUUAUACUUAAUAAUGCCUAUUAACUUUGUCAACAACUUGAAUUUAAUUGUUUAUGUUUUCUUUUUCUCAAUAUUAAAAUUAAAA